AAAAAAAAAAAAAACAGAUUUUAUAGCAUAUGCAUGAAUUUAAUACUACAAUGCCACACAAAUCAACGGAACCUCAGUUGACAAGGAGCAUCACAAUUUCCCAGUUUAGAUCACCAUUUCCUCCUAAUUAUUAUCCCGUCAAACAAGACAAAAGCCUACUGCAAAGAGACACUCAAAACAGAAAAUGGCUGAAACUGCAGUGUUCCGUUUACUAGCCAACAUUGCACCCUUCCUCCAAGAAAAGGUGAAUUUGUUGAGCGGAGUUCGGCAAGAGAUUGAAUUCAUCAGAGAUGAAUUCGAGCGCAUGUCAGCUUUCCUCAGAGUUGCUGAUGCUAAGGAAGAAAGUGACCCCCAACUCAAAGUUUGGGUCAAACAAGUCCGUGAUGCUGCUUAUGACACUGAAGAUGUUCUUGACAAAUUCAAGCUUCACCUUGCAGAUCAUCAUGGCGAUGGAUUCGGUGGUUUUGUUCGUAAGAUCUGGAGCUCCAUCAAGACUUUAAAAGCUCGGCGCCAAAUUGCUUCUGAAGUACAAAGAAUCAAGUCCAGGGUCAUCAGUAUUUCCCAAGGACAUCAGAGAUACCAUGAUAAAUAUGGUACACUAGAGCAAGGAUCAAGGUCCACUUCUGUUAACAAUGCAUGGUAUGAUUAUCGUGGCGAUGCACUUCUACUCGAAGAAGCGAAGCUAGUGGGUAUUGAAAAACCCCAAAGACAACUGAUUGGGUGGCUAGUCGAAGGAGGUCCUGGGCUGAAAGCAGUUUCGGUGGUGGGAAUGGGAGGCUUAGGCAAAACAACCCUGGUUAAAAAGGUCUACGAUGAUGCAACGGUGAAGAAACAUUUUAACAGUCAUGCUUGGCUCACUGUUUCCGAGUCAUUCAGGGCCCAGGAUCUCCUGAAAGACAUGAUUCAACAACUCUUUAAAGAAAUCAUGCAACCAGUCCCUGUUGGAGUUGAAACUAUGAGCAUCGACAAGUUGAAAUAUCUGGUUAAUAAUUUUCUGCAAGAAAAAAGGUAUGUGGUUGUUUUCGAUGAUGUUUGGAAUGUAAAAGAUUGGGAGGCUAUCAAACACAUGCUGCCUGACAAAAAUUGUGGUAGCCGUGUCAUUCUUACAACUCGUUUCACCGAUAUAGCUUCUACUUGUUGUGAAGAAAAUGAUGGUGAUGUUUAUACCUUGAUGCCGUUGUCCUCAGAGGAGUCUUGGACACUGUUUUGCAACAAGACUUUUCGGGGAGACUUAUGCCCUCCAAACUUGAAGGGAAUUUCUCUUCGAAUCUUAAAAAGGUGCGAGGGAUUGCCGCUUGCAAUUGUAGCAAUAAGUGGUGUUUUGGCUACAAAGGAUCAGAGCAGAAUAGAUGAAUGGGAAAUGCUUUAUCGCAGCCUUGGUGCUGAAUUAGAAGGCAAUGACAAACUAGAGAGUAUGAAAAAAGCGCUCUCUCUCAGUUACAAUGAUCUGCCUUAUUAUCUAAAGAUUUGUUUCUUUUACUUGAGCAUUUUCCCGGAGGAUCAACAGAUAUUGUGCAAAAAAGUAAUUCGACUUUGGAUAGUAGAAGGAUUUGUGAAUGCUAUUGAGGGGAAGACAAUAGAAGAAGUUGCAAAUGGCUACCUCAAUGAGUUAUUCAAUAGGAGCUUGAUUCUAGGGGCAGAGAGAGAUCCAGAUGGAAGGCCUCGUGAUUUCCACAUUCACGACCUGAUGUGUGAAAUUAUUGUUUCCAAGGCGAGAGAGCACAACAUUGUAACAACAAUUUGCAGACAGGGCUCCAGGUGGCCGGAGAAGGUCCGCCGCCUAUUGAUCCGAAGCACCUCGAAUAAUAUAGAAUAUAGCAAGCGUUCUUCUCGACUUCGUUCUCUGUUUGUGUGGGGGCCGAUGGAUUCAUUCCCUAUUGCAUCCUUGCGUGAGUUGUUUAGAGGUGGUUUAAAGCUGCUAAAUGUGUUAGAUUUGGAAGGUACACCAUUGGAGAUUAUACCAGAUGAAGUUUUUAAACUGAUCCAUCUAAGAUACCUUGGCUUAAGGGAUACAAAAAUAAAGAUGGUCCCAAAGUUGAUUGGGAGGCUUGAGAACUUGGAGACCUUUGAUCUACGAGGAACCUAUGUGACUAAGCUUCCUGAUGAAAUCCUACGCCUUCAGAAAUUGCGCAAUCUCCUAUCAUUUCAUUUUAAAUCAGGAGGCAUUUAUUUUGAAUUUGAAGAUUUUAGUGGCUUUAAAGCUCCAUCUCAGUUACGAAGCUUGCAAUCUCUACAAGUGCUGUGGCUGAUAGAGGCAGACCAAAGAAGUGAAGGUGAGGUUAGUAUAGUGAAAGAGCUGGGGAGGCUAACCCAACUAAGGGAGUUAGGCAUUGGGGAUUUAAGAAGAGAAGAUGGGGUGACUCUGUGCUCUUCCAUUGAGAAGCUCAGCAAUCUUCGCAUAUUAUAUGUAAUUUCAACAAAAGAGGAUGAGAUCCUUGAUCUGCAAUCUCUGUCUCUAAUUCCUCAAUUUCUUCGAGAGUUAUACUUGUAUGGGCUUUUGGAGAAGUUUCCGCACUGGAUACCUUCUCUCCAUGGCCUUGUUUGUUUAGUUUUAGGGAGGAGCAAGUUAAGAGAUGAUCUUUUGCAAUCCCUACAAGAAUUACCCAAUUUGGCUAAGCUUACACUUGAUCAGGCGUAUGAAGGGGAGGGACUGUGUUUCAAGGCAGGAAGGUUUCAAAGGCUUAAAGAUUUGCUUCUUUGUAAAUUAAAAGGAUUGAGAUGGGUGAGAAUGGAGAAGGGAGCAAUGCCCCACCUUGAAGCUCUAAGUAUCAGAAAUAGUGAAUUGAUGGAGGAGGUCCCCUCAGGCAUCGAACAUCUAACCAACCUCCAUACGUUUGAGCUUGGGGAUAUGUCUAAGAAAUUGAUUUCAAAGUUAGAUCGAGAAGUACCAGAUGGGGAUUAUUGGAAAAUAGCGCACAUCCCUCAAGUUAGAAUUUGGUACUUAGAACCUGGUCAAAAUAAGUAAAGUAAAGUAAAGUAAAGUUUCUAUGAAGAGAGAGGAUGAGGAAGGAGAAGAGCUCUCUCUAGAUUGGAUGAGUACCAUAGUAAAUAACCAUUUUCCC